CAAACCUGCUGGCUAGCUGUUUGUCUUCUUACCAUGUGGUGUGCCUGGAUAGUGUUGCUGGACUUUCUGCAGUUAUUAUCCUAAAAUCCACUGAAUAAACUGUGACUCUUGUACCAGGAGGCCACUUUAAGUCAAGCUGACGACUUCAGGUUUUAUAAGAGUAUAAAGAAGUGGCAGCGAGGCAAACGAUCACAAAAUGAAAUUUGAAGGAAUCGAAGGCUGUGAGAGAUUCCUAAGCCCUGGGAAAGGCCGAGGGGUCAGAGCAACGAAGCAUUUCCAAGUUGGUGACCUGGUCUUUGCCUGUCCGGCAUAUUCCUACGUCCUGACAGUGAAUGAGAGGGGUGGCUACUGCGAAUUCUGCUUCGCAAGAAAAGAAGGGCUGUCCAAGUGUGGAAAGUGCAAGCAGGCCUACUACUGCAACGUGGAGUGCCAGAAAGGUGACUGGUCCAUGCAUAAGAUGGAGUGCUCUGCCAUGUGUGCAUACGGAGAAAACUGGUGUCCCUCAGAAACGGUGCGACUGGUCGCUAGAAUCAUCAUGAAGCAGAAAUUCCUGACAGAUCUGACUCAGUCUGAAAGACUGUUAUCCCUGAAAGAGUUCGAAUCGCAUUUGGACAAGAUCGACAACGAGAAAAACGAGAUGAACCAAACUGAUAUUGCUGCACUCCAUCACUUUUAUUCGAAGCAUCUGGAUUUUCCUAGCAAUGCCGAUCUUGUAGAACUCUUUGCCCAGGUGAACUGUAACGGAUUCACCAUCGAAGAUGAGGAGUUGUCUCAUCUGGGCUCUGCGGUCUUUCCAGACGUUGCCUUGAUGAACCACAGCUGUAAUCCCAAUGCCAUCGUGACUUAUAACGGCACAGUAGCAGAGGUCCGUGCUGUUCAGAAAAUCAGCCCUGGAGAGGAGAUUUUCAACAGUUACAUUGACCUCCUCUAUUCCACUGAGGACAGGACUGAGAGGCUUGAGCAGUCCUACUUUUUUACCUGCGAUUGCACAGAAUGCACCACCAAAUCGAAGGACAACGCCAAACUGGAGAUUCAUCAGAAGCUGAGUAGUGCUCCAGAGGCAAAAGAAAUUGAGGAGAUGGUGAAGUAUGCCAAGAAUAUCAUCGAAGAGUUCAGAAGAGCCAAGCACUAUAAGACUCCCAGCGAUCUGCUAGAGAUUUGCGAGUUGAGUCUGGAGAGGAUGGGAUCCAUAUUUGUUGACACCAACGUGUACAUGCUGCACAUGAUGUAUCAGGCCAUGGGGGUCUGUCUCUACAUGCAGGACUGGGAUGGAGCCAUGAAAUAUGGCGAGAAAAUAGUAGAACCCUAUAGUGUGCAUUACCCUCCAUACUCUCUGAAUGUGGCAUCUAUGUACCUGAAGCUUGGAAGACUCUACAUGGGCCUUGAGAAAAAAACACAAGGAGUGAAAGCAUUACAGAAGGCUAUUGACAUCAUGAACGUCGCGUUCGGAAAAGACCAUCCUUACGUCGCCGAGGUACAAAAGGAAAUCGAAACGCAUUAGUAAACGAGAGGAACUCCUGUAAAUUCAAGAACAGCAUGCAACCAAUACCUCCGCUUGCGUACAGACGAACGUCUGUUUCUCCUCGAUGUCAUUUUAAGUUGUUUUUUGUUUGACAAAUGAUUGCUGACCCGUGUCCUUGACCUUGAGGUGCUGGAUCUGUUACCCUUUCCGUACUAUAAAUACAUAUGCACUGUCUUUGUGAGCAAGGGCUAAUAACUGAGUAUUAAAUAGAACCGUCCUAAAGAUUGUCUUUAAAGAUGCUUCUUUAAUUUCUUUGCCAUGUCGCGUAUCAAUCACAGAGUAAAUGACUGUUUGCUUGGCCACAGAACUUACCAAUGAUUCAAUAACACUAUGCCUGAAUGAGUAUAUGACCAAAGUUGUAUAUCCACGAAUCUGAAUAUUCGUUGUCUCAAUGUGUGGCACAGAAGAUUGCCUUUAUUUCAUGCCAAAGCUCUACACUAAAUAUUUUAACUACUGCAGUUUACCGCUACAAACAAAAAAAACAACAAAAAAAGUCAUUGGUUUUCUAACAUUUUUGGGGUAAUUUGUGACUAUAAUAUUUCUGGCUACCGUUUUAUGAAGUAGACGACUCGAAAAUCUAGUAAUAGUAUGUCGGUGUGCUAUUUUAUUUUAUUUUUUUUUAAAUUGUCUACUAUCAGUUAUAUAAUUGAAUCCAAAAGUCUGAGACCAUAAAA